CAAAACGCCUCCACUCACCAUCCAUGGUCUCUCUCACUGCACUCAUACUCCCAGACGCAUUCGCCAUAGGUUCUCCGCCAAUAGCAGCCGGAAUUACAUCAUCUCAAGGCGCGACUAUAGCCCGGGAAUCCUGUCUCUGUACUUGAGCAAAAGCGUCGCCGUGUUCCCAUGGCGACAAAGAGGGCGAGGCCUACAUUCGAAUUUGUUUCGCGGCCUCCCUCUCAUUGGCCAGCUGUGUUUUUUUUUUUCGCUACACCUGUCCAAUUCAGCGCUGCGAUUGGUUGCUACAUUCAGGCAAAGCGUUGUGGUUGGUUAUCGAGAAGGAAGCGAAAGCGAGUGGAAGUGUGAGUACAGGGGCUGUUGCAGGAGUUGACUUAGCGGUGGGGUCGAAGGAAGACGAUUGCAGAUUUAAAGCACAGUGGAGACGAGGGAAAUAUUGCCUCAGCUAUUCCACAUUUCCAGGAAACUAUAAUUGCAAGCAUCUAUUUGUCAUGGGUGAUGUGUGCACCCAAUUGACACCGGAAACUCCAGGCCGAGCAGCUAUUUUGAAUCCAUUCGAGAGUCCAAGUGAUUAUUGCAGCUUGCAUGAGCCAUUUGUUUCCAGCCCAUCCGUAUUCAAGCCUACAAAAUCUGCUGCAACUCCCCAGCAAUUUAGAUGGUCAAUUGAUCAGCUUGCAGCGAUAAACCCCGUUGAGAUUGACCCAGAAGAUAUCCAUCAGCAAUCCUUGUAUUUAAGCCGUGCAAAAAUAGAUAAGGAAACUGAAGAGAGGAGACAAAAAGCCAUUGAGGAGUUUUUUACAAAGAGAACGAUUGUUCCGUCACCAUGGACUCCACAUGAAGGAAAACAAGCUGCUCCUUUUCAUUCAACAAAAUGUGCCGAUCUUCUUCAUGAAUCCCCUGUAGGGAGAGUUCAAGCUGUACAAAGUGGAAAGAGCACAGUUGGAUGCCAGACACACUUGACAAUACCAGUUGACUUUAAUUUAGAAAAGAUAUUAGGGGAAUAUUUCAGAGCAGAGGAGACUGCAGACCAAUCUCAAGACAAUCUCUGCUCUUCCUCACUUAGAAGAAAGUUAUUUUUGGAUGGUCGUGCCAGUGGAUCUGAAUGUUCAUCGCCAUCAUCCUCACCUCAGGAAGGGCCAUACUAUGACCCACCUACUUCGCUAGGUGUCCUUUGCUCAAUUGAUCUGUCUCCUGUUCGAUGCAGAAGUCCAACGCAAACCCUGAGUUCGGGCCAAUUUUCCUCAAGUCCAAUCCAGGGUGGAAGACGAGCAUACAGUUUGGGAAGCAUUACUAGUCCAACCUUCUUAGAAAAAUCACCUGCAAGUGUUGCUUCUCCAACAUUUUCCCCAAUUGCUAUUAAUCUGGGGAAAACUCCAGAUGCAGAACAGAAAAGGUUAAUCUUUCCUUCCCCUGAAACACUUUCGGCUUCAAUGUCAAUGGUUAAUGCUUGUACCCGGAGCCCUUGCAUUGAAGGGUGCUCUCCAAUAAAAAGUAUUUUUCAAAUCAAAUCAAGAUCAUGUAGAGGAAAUGCACAGUAUCGGACAUCUUUGUUUCAGAUACCAUUUGCCCUUGAACAUCAUAAUGAUGGCAAAGAAAACUCUCCCCCUUCAAGCAUUGAGUCACCUGAAGUUGAUAUUUCAAGUCGGCUUCAUGAACUAGAAAAUAUUGUACCUGAUGGCCACAUAAUGAUGGGAGGGGAACCUAUUGUUUCACCCACUGUUUACAUGCAGCAGGAGUAUUCACAGUCCGAGGAUCUGAAAGACAAUGACACCAUAGAAAUGGUGGAACCUGUGGAAGCUGAAGACGACCAUUCGUGGCCUAAGGAAACCGUGGCUACAGAAAAUAUUCCAAUGACCAGCUUUAUGACCGGCUUCACAUUUAGUGGAGAAAGUUCUCACAUGUGUAUGUCUCCUCUAGCUGAAAGCAGUGUUAUUCCAUGUGAGAACAGCAGCAUUCAGGUGGACAGUGGUUACACUACACAAACCUGUGGGUCUUGCAUUAUGGAUGGGAUUGGAACAGAGAGUACGUACAAAGAGAACGAUGCCCAUAUUUCUGACAUUCAGAAUAAAUGCCAGCAUUUCAAGGUAAAGGACCAGUCCAAAGUCCACCAAGAACAUUGAAGUCCUUGUCACAUUUCCUGCAGUAGCUACAAAUCCUACGCACCGUGUUUAUUUUAAAGAGGACUGUGAAUACCAAUUAAAGACAAUGCAAAUUGUACUGGUUUUUACUGUGAAAAUAGGGUCAGCAGUGUAAUUUAUAAAUGUAUGAGUUCCAGCUGAUUGUGUAGAUAGCUUUGUAUUCAUGUUAGUCUGUCUCAAUGUUGAUUUCACAGCCUUUUGCAAUGCUCUCCUCGGGGAACCUCAGGUAGUGUAUCUACAAUGGUGGCAGAUUUGCUAAGGGCCAGUUUGAAUAAUAUCCUUUGUGUGGAUAAUAUGUAGAAAUGUGAACUGCCUCUGUGUCCAGGUUUAAAAAACAAGAUAUUAUGGUCCUUACACUAAGCUUGCAUUGUUUUGCUCUAAAAUAACAUUUACUGAUUGGUUAAAAAGAAAAUCAGGUUUAAAUGAGACAUUUGUAUGUAUAGAUUUGUUUUAAGCAUUUUCUUAUGUUGUGUUGUAUUUAUUCGUUGACAUGUACACAAUGGUUGUCCCUGUGGUGUCUACAGACGGGGAUGGGAUCAGAAUAAUAUGGUAGCAGUGGAAUGUCUACCCAUGACCUCCCCUGAGCUUCACUGUGAUUGGUUACUCAAGCAGUUCUGUACUAUAUCCAGUUCCAUUUGUGCAUCACAGACCCUUGGAAUUACAAGCAAGAGAACUGUUGUCCUAAAAACCCUAUUUUAUGUGCCUUUUAGCAGCUUUGAAAUAAAUGGUAAUUGAUCACUGCAUAGUCCAUUUGGGAGAAAAUGAUGACUUACUUGAAUACAGAUGUUCUGUACAGUUAGUGGGUGUGAUAACCUGAGCCAUAUAUUUAUAAUGAAACUAUGUCCAGUUUAACUUGAGCAAACCUUUUCACAUGUAGAAUUAUUAAAGAAAAAACAUUUCUGUGUUAA